CUAGCGGUGAAGAGGUCGGUUUCAAAUCACGCGCGAUCGGAAAACAAACGGAUUCUUUCGCAAUUGCAAAAUUUAGCGUAAAUCACCUAACGAAGAAAGCUAAGUCACUUUGUAAUUCAAAUACCUAUCACUGAGAGCUUCAUUAGCAGGAAAAUAGCAAAAAAAUACUUGUUCGAAACGUAUUAAUCAGCAAACGUGCUUAUCCAGGCGAGGGUCAAGAUCAUGGCCAUCGUGAAUACCGAAAUAGUGUCAUUUGCUUUAUUGGUUCUGUUUGCAGUCACCUGUGCUUCCGGUGCAGACCUUCAAGCCACCAACACGACCAGCGUAAAUGAUGGCACUCCGGAGUCCCCAUACGAAACACAAACCGCCCAGUGUACGAUCACUUCCGGCGAGGUAGAAGCUAGCGCUCAAGCAACCAUCAGCAAAACUCUGGUUGGUGUCUGCGGCACGGAUGAAAUGCUAACUGCGUUUCGCACCCUGGAGGCAAAGCUUUUGCUGGAGUUAGGGAAUAUCCGAGCGAUGAUACGCGAUCCUAACUUCAACCCACCACCCCUGCAGGCAUCUGAAUACAAGGCCGUCAAACGAACCAAUACGCAAUUGGGCACUAGCACCGGUACGAAACUAACAUCCCAGGAGGCAUCACCACUGGUUACGAUUACCAGUACAACUCCCAAGUCUACAGGCGGUGAUGUCUUUUUCCCCGACGAAGAUCAUGAUGACUCGCGACAGAAAUUCAACCGAGACAUGGUUAAAGAAAUGCCACAGAGCAAUCGUAAGCCGGUCUUACCGCUUGUUAGAGUGGGUAACGAUCAGGAAGAUAAACCAAGUAAACCACCAACUAACUCGCAGGUAUUGGACUUUAAGCCGAUUGAUAAACCAGUACAGACUAGGUUUCUCACAGGUGGCCUCCGCGACUACGAGGUCUAUCGGUUCAACAACACUGUCGUGUCUAGCGGCGAUGCCAAGGUGUACAAGUAUUUUUGGAAGAUCGAACACUUCACAGAACGAUUGCAAUCCAAUGUCAGCACUCUGACUAGUCCAGUGUUUGUAAUAUCAGGUCUUAACCUACGUCUGAAGGCUACUCUGAACCACGACGGGAAGGACAAUGUGUACAUGCAGCUAGAGCAACUGUCACCGAUGGACGAGGAACUAAAGAAAAAACCGAAUGUGAUCCUGCAGGAGGGUUCCCUUUAUGGUGGGGUCGAAACCAAAAAAUUCCUGCGGCACAAGAUCAUCCUAUUGAAUCAGGGUGUACCGUUCAGCGAUCUAAACUCCCACGACUUUUGGAAUACGAACACAGGCUUCAAGAUUCCGUACAGGGCACUCUUGACCAAUUCCUACUUGAAGCAGGAUAAAAUACUCGUUGAAGUGGUCAUUUAUCUGUGAGAAGUGUGCAGCUUGAUUGAACAGCAAUAGUCUCGUUGAGAUAUUGGAUCUUUAUGUGUGAAUUGUAGUGUUUGAAAACAAUGAAUUACUAAGUACAAGGUUAUUUCGAA